GUUGCAAUAUACAAUUGCAGUAAUUGCACGGUAUCAUCAACAGUCCUCGACUGAAUAUGUUAGUAAUGUUUAACUAGAAUUUCGAGAAACUAAUUUUACAUAAAGUUUAAUUUUAUUAGUUAAUCUGCUAAUAAAAAUAUUAAAAUGAAUCAAGAUAAAAGUACCAAGAUUGCUCUUCUGCAACUACUUCGAAAAUACAAUUUCAAAGAGACAGAAGAAUUGUUUAGAAAAGAAGCAAAUCUAGAAGAUGUAUCCAUUGAUGAUGUUCAGCAGCCUGAAUCAGAAGUUACUAGUGUCUUAUCAGCAUACAAGAGUGAGGGUGAUCCUGCUCUGUAUGAAAAAUCAUAUUCGGAUUUAAAAAAAUUUGUUGAAAGUUCUUUAGAUAUAUAUAAGCAUGAAUUAGGUACUAUUUUAUAUCCAGUUUUAGUACAUAUGUACCUUGAGUUAGUGUACAAUAACCAUUCCGAAGAAGCUAAACAGUUAAUUGACAAAUUUAGCUGUAGCUUAGAGGAAUAUUAUCAAAAUGAUUUAAAAAAGUUGACUCAUGUUACAAAAAGAGAGCAUAUGGCAGGUAAUGAGCUAACAGAUACUUUCAAAUCAAAUCAAUUUAUAAUAAGGAUAUCUCGAGAUACAUUAUCUAUAUUAAAAAGAUAUUUACAAGAAAAGAAACAUAGUAUUUUGUUGAACAUUAUCCAAGAGCAUCUUUAUUUUGAUAUGUAUGAAGGUGUAGCUAGAAACAAAAAUCAAAUCGAAGCAACUUCUGGAGCAUUGUUAGGAGAAGCAACAAGGCAAGAUAACAAGGCUAAGGUCUAUUAUGGACUUUUAAAAGAACCAGAUUUUCAAUUUGCUAAUACACAAGAAGAAGAAGAGGAGGAGAUUACUGGACCUGAUGGAGAUAAACCAAAGAAGAAAAAGCCAAAAAAAGAUCCAUUAUUUUCGAAAAAAACAAAAUCAGAUCCUAAUGCUCCACCAAUUGGAAGAAUGCCUCUACCUAAUUUGAAAGAUGUUGAUAAAAUAGAGAAAAUUAAAGCUUUAAGAGAGGCAUCAAAAAGAGUUGUACUUGGUCCUGAAAGUUUACCUUCAAUAUGUUUUUAUACCUUAUUAAACUCUGCAUAUAGUGUUGUAUCAGCAGAAGUAUCCGAAGACUCAAGUUUAUUAGCUGUGAGUUUUAGUGAUUCAGUGAUUAAAGUUUGGAGUUUAGUUCCUCAAAAAUUAAGAAUGAUGAAAGAUGCAGAGCAGCUUGUAGAUGUUCCACAUGAUGCUGAUGACGUUUUAGUGAGAAUGAUGGAUGACAAAACUGCGGAGUCAGUACGCACACUCCAUGGCCAUAGCGGACCUGUUUACUGUCUUUCAUUCAGCCCUGACAAAAAUUUAUUACUAUCAUGCUCAGAAGAUGGAACUGUGAGAUUGUGGUCACUCCAUACGUGGUCCUGUGUUGUAUGCUACAAAGGCCACCUUUUUCCCGUAUGGUCAGUGAAAUUUUCUCCCCGUGGUUAUUACUUCGCCACUGGUUCACACGACAAAACAGCCCGGCUGUGGGCUACAGAUUCUCAUCAACCACUUAGAAUAUUUUCUGGUCAUUAUUCAGAUGUUGAUGUGGUUCAAUUUCAUCCGAAUUCAAACUAUAUUGCGUCAGGUUCGAGCGAUAUGACAGUGAGAUUGUGGGACUGCGUGACAGGCAACCAAGUGAGAUUGAUGACGGGACACAAAGGAUCAAUAUAUGCCUUAGCCUUUUCCAUGGAGGGCAGAUUUUUAGCCUCUGCAGGCUCAGAUUGUCGAGUUCUCAUAUGGGAUCUGGCACAUGGACAUUUAGUUGCUGCACUGCCGAAUCACACUGCAACCGUAUAUUGCCUUUCUUUCAGUAGGGAUGGAAAUAUUUUAGCUUCUGGUUCAUUAGACUUUUCGAUAAAACUUUGGGACUUUACAAAAUUAGCCGAAGAAAUGAGUCUGGAGGACGUAAAUGUGUCGCAUAAUCCUGAAGUAAAGACUUUGUCGGAUUCAUAUUUGUUACGAACUUUCGGCACGAAAAGCUCGCCGAUCUUGGCAUUACACUUCACCCGAAGAAAUUUGAUGUUCGGUAUUGGUCGAUACGACUCGAGUUAAGAGUUAUGAAACAUUUUUUGUAAAUAUUUAUUUAUUUAUAAAAAAACGUACUGUAAUAAAGUGGGAACAGUUUUAUACAU